AUGACGGAGCAUUUGGCAUCGAUUUUUGGUGCAGAGAAAGACAGUGUGAAUUGUCCAUUUUACUUCAAAAUUGGUGCUUGUAGACAUGGCGAUCGUGGUUCUAGGCUUCAUACAAAACCCAGUAUUAGCCCUACGCUUCUCCUUCCUAACAUGUAUCAAAGGCCCGACGUGCUUACACGUAUUGAUCCUCUCAUAAUGCAGCAACAUUUUGAGAUAGGUUCUUUAGGUGGAUCUUUUGAUGGAAUGUCACUUAUUUUGAUGAUGUUGCAGGAUUUUUAUGAAGAUUUAUUUGAAGAACUGAACAAUUAUGGAGAGAUUGAGAACUUGAACAUUUGUGACAAUAUUGUGGAUCAUAUGGUUGGCAACGUUUAUGUUCAGUUUAGAGAGGAGGAACAGGCUGCAAAAGCUCUUAAAAUUUUUACCGGAAGACUUUAUGCUGGUAACAUUUUUUCUGCACUAAUCCUUUCCUUGUAA